AUGGGAGCCUCCAAGAUAGACGGCACCGCCAUCGCCAGGGCCAUCAGAGAACGCCUCAACGGCGAGAUCAAGGAGACCCAGCAGACCAACCCGCGCUUCAAGCCCUCCCUCGUCAUCUACCAGGUGGGCGAACGAUCGGAUUCCAGCACCUAUGUUCGCAUGAAGCUGAAGGCCGCCGAGGAGGCAGCUAUUAUCUGCAGACAUGUCCAAUUGCCCGUGGACACCCCUCAGUCUGACAUACUCGGCCGCAUAGCUACCGACAACAGCGAUCCCUCUGUCCAUGGCAUCCUCGUGCAGCUGCCUCUGCCAGACCACAUGUCUGAACACACCGUCACCUCUGCAGUCUCGCCCGAGAAGGAUGUCGACGGCUUCGGCACCCUGAGCAUCGGCGAGCUGGCCAAGCGCGGAGGGAAGCCCACUUUCGUCCCGUGUACGCCUCAGGGAGUCAUGGAGCUGCUGUAUGCCAGCGGCGUGGAGAUGGCGGGCAAGCAUGCCGUCGUGCUGGGACGGAGUGAUAUCGUAGGCAGCCCCGUGAGCUACUUGCUAAAGAACGCCGACGCGACGGUCACGACCUGCCAUUCCAAGACUAAGAACGUUGAAGAAGUUGUCAAGACGGCAGACAUCCUCGUUGCUGCCAUUGGAAAGGCUGAGUUCGUCAAGGCUGACUGGCUCAAGCCUGGCGUGGUCGUUAUCGAUGUUGGGACCAACUACAUUCCCGAUGACACCAAGAAGUCUGGCCAGAGGUUGGUCGGUGAUGUCGACUAUGCCGGCGCCGUCGAAGUGGCCUCGCAGAUUACUCCCGUACCCGGCGGCGUGGGCCCCAUGACGGUAGCCAUGUUGCUGCAGAACGUCGUCAAGUCUGCGCGCUACUACUUUGACAAGGAACGCAGUCGUACCAUCAGCCCACUCUCCAUCAAUCCACAGUCGCCCGUGCCCUCUGACAUUGCCAUCUCCCGCUCCCAGAAGCCAAAACCAAUCACCCAGAUAGCUUCCGAAGUAGGCAUUGCGCCUCAUGAAGUCGAGCCGUACGGCCACACCAAGGCCAAGGUCAGUCUCGACGUCCUCUCCCGUCUCAGCCAUCGACGGAAUGGCCGGUACAUCCUCGUCUGCGGUAUCACGCCUACCCCGCUGGGUGAGGGCAAGUCCACUACCACGAUGGGACUCACCCAGGCGCUGGGGGCACACUUGAACCGUGUGGUAUUUGCCAACGUGCGCCAGCCCAGCCAGGGACCAACCUUUGGAAUCAAGGGAGGCGCUGCCGGUGGUGGAUACAGUCAGGUUAUUCCCAUGGACGAAUUCAACCUGCACCUGACGGGAGACAUCCACGCCAUCACAGCGGCAAACAACCUGCUGGCAGCCGCCCUAGAGACACGCAUGUUCCAUGAAGCCACCUCUCCCGACGCCGGGUUGUAUAAACGCCUUGUGCCGACGAAGAAGGGCAAGCGUGAAUUCCAGCCGAUCAUGUUCCGUCGGCUGAAGAAGCUGGGUAUCACCAAGACGGAUCCCAACGAGCUCACUCCGGAAGAGAUCAAGCGGUUUGCCAGACUUGACAUCGACCCAGAGACCAUCACCUGGCGCCGUGUUCUGGACGUCAACGACCGACAUCUGCGAACCAUCACCGUCGGCCAGGCGGCUACCGAAAAGGGGCACACCAGACAGACGGGCUUCGACAUCUCCGUGGCGUCAGAGUGUAUGGCCAUCCUCGCACUCAGCAACGACCUGGCCGACAUGCGUGAGCGGCUGGGCCGCAUGGUCGUCGCCUUCUCCCGCUCGGGUGAGCCAGUGACAUGCGACGAUAUCGGUGCCGGCGGUGCCCUGACCGCUCUGAUGAAGGAUGCCAUCAAACCCAACCUGAUGCAGUCCCUCGAAGGUACGCCGGUGUUUGUCCAUGCUGGUCCGUUCGCGAACAUCAGCAUUGGUGCCAACUCGGUGGUGGCCGACAAGCUGGCCCUCAAGCUGGCCGGCACCGAGCCCGACGAGGACCACGACUCUACCACCGGCUUCGUGGUGACCGAGGCCGGCUUCGACUUCACCAUGGGCGGCGAGAGAUUCUUCAACAUCAAGUGCCGCUCCUCAGGCCUUGUGCCCGACACCGUCGUCAUCGUCGCUACGGUACGCGCACUCAAGGUGCACGGUGGCGGGCCAGACAUCACCCCUGGCGCCGCCCUGCCAGAGGCAUACAGACAGGAAGAUACAGAACUGCUACGAAAGGGAUGUGUGAAUCUACGCAAGCACAUCAGCAACGCCAAACGUUACGGCGUGCCCGUCGUGGUGGCCAUCAACGUCUUCGAGACCGACACCGCGGCCGAGCACGCCGUCAUCCGCGAAGAGGCAAUUGCAGCUGGCGCCGAGGAUGCAGUUCCCGCCAACCACUGGGCUCUCGGCGGUAAGGGAGCCGUCGACCUGGCAGAGGCAGUGGUCAAGGCGUCCUCGCAACCCAAGUCGUUCUCCUUCCUGUAUGAUCUGGAAGGCAGCGUGCAGGACCGGAUCACGACCAUCGGCCGGGAGAUGUACGGUGCCAGCGCAGUCGAGUUCAGCGAGCUGGCUGCGCGUAAGGUCGAGAUGUACGAGAAACAGGGCUACGGCAACCUGCCGAUAUGCAUUGCCAAAACGCAGUACUCGCUCAGCCACGACCCGAGUCUCAAGGGAGCUCCGGAAGGGUUCGUGGUACCUAUCAGAGACGUCAGACUUGCCGUUGGCGCUGGAUACCUUAUUGUCUUCUUGUCUAACUGGAGUAGAUAUGCACUUGCAGCCGAUAUCCAAACCAUCCCCGGCCUGCCGACUGCGCCAGGCUACUUGAACGUCGACGUCGACGCAGAGACGGGAGAGAUCGACGGUCUCUUCUGA